UCCCGUGCUUCCCCGGUUGGAAGAUCUGUUUGCAGUUCUGUCGUCUUGAACCUAAUUAGAGGCAUCAUGGAGGCACCUCCAGUCACCAUGAUGCCAGUCACUGGGGGCACCAUUAACAUGAUGGAGUACCUCCUGCAGGGCAGGUCUGGAGCUACAGCCUGAUCCACUGACAGAGAAAGAUGGGGCCUGGCUUUGAAAACUCCCAUUGACACACUUCCUCCUACAAGGACAUAAUUCCUAACCCUUCCCUAAACGAUACCAGGUAAGAGACGAGACACUCAAGUACGGGAGCCUGUGUGGGCCAUUCCCAAGCACAUCAUCACCAGGUAUUUGCUACUAAGCCUGACCACCUGUGUUGGACCUGUGGACCCCACAGGAGGAGGAGACUCAGUUCUAGCAGUUCAUCCUCCAGCCAGCAUUCCCGUGCCACUGUAUUCUCGUGUUUGCCAAGACGUGAAAGGCUAAAUGUAAGGAAGGUUUGAAUAAACAGAUAACUAGAAUCCCGUGGGUUGUUCUUAUGAAAGAUCGCAUAGGACUAUUUAUUUGUCGACUGUGUUUAUUUUUGCUAGUUUCAUGACUCGAAAUGAAAUGGAAGCCUGGACUCAUUGUGCCUUUGCCUCCUCAGGGAGUGUUUUAGACCACAGUUUGGAAAGUCUGAUCCAUCGCCUCCGUGGUUUGUGUGACAACAUGGAGCCUGAGACUUUUCUCGAUCACGAGAUGGUCUUCCUGCUUAAGGGCCAGCAGGCCAGCCCGUUCGUCCUAAGGGCCCGGCGCUCCAUGGAUAGGGCAGGGGCGCCCUGGCAUCUGCGUUACCUGGGACAGCCCGAAAUGGGAGACAAGAACCGCCAUGCCCUGGUGCGCAACUGCGUGGACAUCGCCACGUCUGAGAACCUCACGGACUUCCUGAUGGAAAUGGGCUUCCGCAUGGACCAUGAGUUCGUCGCCAAAGGACACCUGUUCCGGAAGGGCAUCAUGAAGAUUGUGGUGUACAAGAUUUUCCGAAUCCUGGUCCCAGGGAACACAGACAGCACUGAGGCCCUGUCGCUCUCUUAUCUUGUGGAAUUAAGUGUUGUCGCACCAGCUGGGCAGGACAUGGUCUCUGAUGACAUGAGGAACUUUGCAGAGCAGCUCAAACCUCUGGUUCACCUAGAAAAAAUAGACCCUAAAAGGCUGAUGUGAGGAAGAAAGUCUGUCGGCCUUUGAGACCUGUCCUCACGUGGGAGGUGAGAGAUCCCACAAGUACCCUAGGUACUGAUGCCAGCCAGGCCACUUCCUUCUGGAAGAUGGAUGGUGAGAAUUUGGUUCCUUUGAACUGUUUCCUUCACCUGGUAAUUCCUUCCUUCCUUCCUUCCUCCCUUCCUUCCUUCCUUCCUUCCUUCCUUCCUUCCUUUUUUCCUUCCUUUCUUUCCUUUCUUUGUUGUCUGUCUGUCUUCCUUUCUUUUUUCAACAGGGUUUUACCAUGUAGCCCUGGCUCCCCUGGAACUCACUACAUAAACUAGCUAGCCUGGAACUCAGAGGUCCCUGUCCUGUCCGCCUAGGUGCCUGUGUUAAGGGUCCUUAUUGAACCCGACUGUUCAUCUUCUUGACAGUCUUUUCCAAUGAAAGACCCAGUAUAAUAUGGAGAAUUGUUCAAGUCUUCCCUCCACCCAAAAAGAGGGAACUGGAAUACAUUAGCUUUUUAGAGGGAAAAGUCAAAAAACAACUGAUAAUUGUUUUUCUUUUGUUUUUUAAGAAAAGUAUUUUCUCAUUCCUUUAUUUAUUUGUUGUUUUCUUCAUAUUUUUUAAUUGUGUUGUUUUGCCAUUACUAUUCAAGGUUCAUAAUGGUGGUGUGAGCUGGCAUUGUGGGGCAAUAAAGACUGAAAAGACACA